GAAAAAAUAACAAAGUAUCAAACCACAGUUCACUUUUGUGUGUGAGCGUGAGUGCAGUGUCUGUGGUGCGUUGUUUUGACACGGCCUUCCUCUGUUGUCGGGGCCGGAGUGCAACACACGGAACCAGAUGACAGUAGGAUGCGUUCUGAACUGCUGUUUUUUAUUAUAGCACUUUAUGCAACAACAGCUGAUUGCGCAAGAAGACUUAAUAGGUUUGUACGACACUAUGAGCCUUUGAUAUACAAUCACAAUGAUGUCCAUGAACGACACAUGCGCAUCAAAAGGUCUCCUCAAGACCAUGACACAGCACUUCACCUCAAGUUUUACGCACAUAACAGACAUUUUCAUUUAAGGCUAAAACGUGACACAUCAGUAUUCAGCAAUGACCUUGUGAUAGAAGCACACGACAGGAGACCGCUGGACGUAGACCUGUCGCACAUUUACUCUGGGCAUUUAGUAGGGGAGCCAACGAGUCAUGUAUUUGGGGCUCUACACGAUGGUGUUUUUGAGGGACGCAUCGAGACAACAAAGGGCCACUACUACGCAGAGCGGGCCAACAAAUACUUUGCCGAAGACCGGCCGUACCACUCCAUCAUGUAUGCUGCCAGUGAUGUCGAGCUUCCAGACCACGAGAAUGACACUACUCGGCCUGGCUGUGGCAUCACCGAGGACGUGCGGCAGUGGAUGGACAGAGUUGCCAACAGCGCCGUGCCAGACCCAGCGGAGAGUGGCGGGAGCAAGCCAAGGCGUGCUGUGCGCUCUCCAAGUGAGGAGCGGCACCACCAUUUUUCGGAGGCACCGCACGCCAAGUACUUGCGGUCGGCAGGCGGCCUGCAUCUGGGCACAGGAGGGACCAGCUAUCUGCCCAAAAGGCGCGUCUGCAACCUGUUUGUGCAGACGGACACCUUCCUCUGGGACCACAUCACAAGCACGGGCAGGGACCCUGUCAAGGCGCGCGAGGAGAUCUCCUCUCUCAUAGCCCAGCAUGUCGAGGCUGCCAGCCGCAUCUAUCGAAGCACUAAUUUUAAUGGCAUUCGGGAUAUCAAGUUCGCCGUGCAGAGGAUACGGAUCAAUGACAGCUCAGCUUGUUACGAUGAAAGGCAUCGUCGGUCGAAUGCGUUCUGUGCGGGCAACCUGGACGCGUCCAACUUCUUGAACCUCAACUCCCUGUCCAACCACGAUGACUUCUGCCUGGCCUAUGUGUGGACCUUCCGGGAUUUCCAGCACGGCACCUUGGGUCUGGCCUGGGUGGCAUCGGUUAACGGUGCGUCUGGCGGAAUCUGUGAGAAGUACAAGACAUACUCUGAGAACAUCAAUGGAAAGUCGGAGAAUGUCAAGCGCAGUCUCAACACAGGCAUCAUAACAUUCCUGAAUCACAAUGCCAAGAUCCCACUCAAGGUGUCGGAGAUCACAUUUGCCCAUGAGAUCGGCCACAACUUUGGCUCGCCUCACGACUACCCACCAGAGUGUGUGCCAGGAGGAUCCUUGGGCAACUACAUCAUGUAUGCCAGUGCCACCCAAGGCCACCAGCCCAACAACCAGCGUUUCUCACCAUGCAGCAUACGCAACAUCUCCGCUGUGCUGUCAGCAAUCUUACGCGGAGAGCAGAAGGAGAACUGCUUCCAGGAGGACGAGGGCCCGUUCUGCGGCAACAAGAUUGUGGAAGGGGACGAGGAGUGUGACUGUGGCUAUGAGGAGCAGGAGUGCAUGGAGGACUGCUGCUACCCUCGUGAACACCAGGGCAAGGGCUGCACCCGAAAGCCCAGAGCCAUUUGCAGUCCCAGCCAAGGUCCUUGCUGCACCAACAAGUGUGAUUUCGAGAGGAAGGAGAAGCUGUGCAAGCUGGAGUCUGAUUGCACGGAGCUGUCAUAUUGCGAUGGGAAACAGGCAAGCUGUCCCAACCCGGUACACAAGCGCAACAAGACAGAGUGCAACAAUGGCACCCAGGUGUGCUGGAGCGGGGAGUGCAGUGGCUCCAUCUGCGAGAAGUACGGCAUGGAGGAGUGCUCCCUCACGGACGACACCAACCCAUCGCCCGACAAGAUGUGCGAGGUGGCCUGCCAGGAAAAAGACAAGCCCGAUUCCUGCAAGAGCACGUACGAGAUAGAGCGAAUGAAGGAGAUCCGAGGCAUAAAGCUCCGGCCGGGCUCACCGUGCAACAACUUCCAUGGUUACUGCGACGUCUUCCAGAAGUGCCGCAACGUGGAUGCUGAGGGUCCACUGGCACGGCUCAAGCGACUCCUCUUUGACAAGCAGUCAUUGCAUACGGUCAAGCAGUGGGUCACGCUUAACUGGUGGGCUGUCCUGCUGAUGAUGGUGGCCCUGAUAGUGGUGAUGGCAGUGUUCAUCCGCUGCUGCGCCGUGCAUACACCCAGCAGCAACCCACGAAAGGCUCCUGCGUUACGCAUCAGUGACACCUUGCGGAGGCCCGGUGACACAUUCCGCAGAAAGCGACGAGUGCCUGACCCAUCUGCAAUGCCUGGAGGUCCACCGCCCCCAUACCCUGGGGGUCCACGACCAAGCGCACCUCCCGCCGGUCCAUCCCACGGCUAUGGCCAUGGUCGGGGCCACUACAACAGCCGUGGGGUCCCUGUGCAUGGUGUAGCAUCAUCUUCUGGUUCCUCUCGGCACCACCAGGGGUCACGGGGAGCCGUGCCACCUGAGGCAGUUGAGCUGCGGCCAGCUGGCAAGCGGCACCUUUGACACCAACAGUGGAGACACUGCUGACUGCAGAGGAGAUGGAAGGGCCUGCCUGCCUGCUGAUGCCUUCCUACCUGCCAAAAGACAGAGUGUGCCAGCAUGGCUGGCUGUGCCUCGCCCCGUCGCCAAUACCACUGCAUGUGCUGCUGUUGCUUCCUCACUGUGGAGUGAAAACCUAGCUCGAGACUGCAGGGCCGUUUGUUUGGCCCGCAGUGAAUGCUUCCAGCACAGCAUUGCCUCUUUUUAUGGGUCACUGGAAGGGAGAUUGCAGUUUGGAGCAUGUAAUUUGGUGUAGGGUUGAGGAAUAGCAGUGCCAGCCGCAAAACUGUGGUCCCUAUCAGCACUGCAGAGUGAAAAUGUAGCUCAAAACUGUGCAGGGCUCAUUUCUGACUCUGGGAUGAAGGUUCAAGUUUGGUAGAGCAUGAUUCAGUGUGAAGUUCGGGGAUCUCGGCGGAGCUGGCCUCAAGACCAUGGGGCCAUUGAUUUUACUUGCACUCAGUGUGGCAAACAUAGCACUGCUUGUUUUGCGUCUCGGAGAUUUGAAUGUCGACAAACAAAAAUGGGCAUCAGGUUCAGGGAUCAAAGUGCCAUUAUUGAAACCUGCAAUCCCAGAGUAAGAGUUACUGGUUGUAGAGGCGGUUGUUUCCCUAAGGCUUUUUGGAGUGGUGGUGCUGCCAGAACAAUAUAAAUUGCCAAAGCAGUUGCUCAAGGCAAGCAGCGGUAGACUUGGAAGUGUGGCAGGGAAAGGUAGUUUUUCGCAGUGAAGUGAACAUAUGAAUAAGCAUUCUAUGGAUCAAAAAUAGAAUUUGAAUCUCCCAUGUCACUGCACAUAAAGAAAAUGACAAUCUGCACUCAGUACCAUGAAGAGUAAGACCAAGCAUCGCAUCUCCCUGUAAGAAACUGCACCUUUUGACAGGAUGGAACAGUGUCCACUAUUUGUGUUCAACAAUGCACUUACUUCUGUUCUUUAAGGCAUUGACAUUUUGAAAGGGUUGGUUGUUUCUAUUGUGCAUCAAAUUCCUGCAACUUGUUUUGUUUUGAGACCACUAGCUUUUGCAUCAUUGAGGUGUGGGUACUGCCUUUAACUGCCUCAUCAAAUACCUAGUUGACGAACAAAUACCAGUUUUCAUGCCUGCUACAUUGGAGUGCAAUGCAUGUAGCUGUUAUAACACCUACAAAGAUGGAAGAUGAUACAUAUGGCCCAAAGGAAUUUCUUUUAUUCCUGGGUGACUAACAGAGGAAUCUAGCUGAUUUGUCUACAAUUUUUGCUUUGUCGAACGUCAUUAGCAGCUGUGCUUUUCUAGUGGCGGACAUUGGUGGACUUUAUUUUACUAUUAUACGUUGCUGUGAGCCAUGAGAAAUGACACCAGAAGUAAUGCCAUCAGGCCCAAGAACAAUUCUUUAUUUUCUUUUAUCUUUUAGCAGAAAUAGUCAAGUUUUUCAAAAUACUGUCUUCAACAAAAUGUGUAUACCACUUUUUCACUGGCUUGCGUAUCUGUUAAAGCUGGCUUUUAAUUAACGCUGUUCAGCAACAAGUCGGGUGAAAAAUAAGUGAGUAUUUAUGGAAAGUAAUGACCCUAGUGGUCUCGGCGAUUCUGCCUGCUAUUAAAAAGAAUCUAUGGAUUAUUAGUAACUUGACAAAAGUCAGAUCGAACGUUUUGCUUUCGUUUUUCCACGCUGCUUUGAAUUACAGGAAUGCGCAGAAUGAAGUGGGUGCUCCGCUGCGAAAAUAUGUGGGUAACGGCGAAGUUUGUCUCAUUGAAUGUACCUGCUACAGAAGGAAAAAAAUUUUGCAAGGACAAUUUGUUUACAAAAAUCAUAAUUCAUGUUGAUACUCUCUGUUAAUAUUGGACGGCUGUAUCAGUAUAUCGUACACUUUGUGUUCAAAAGGCUAGUUGAGCUUGACAGAGUAUUUUAAACUUUGAAGCUUUAUUGUCGAAAGGUCACUGUUCUCACUUUACUCCAUUUUUUUCUUCUUUGAAUAGCACUAGUUGUUUGUUGAAACACGUAAGCUUAUCUUGGUAAGUGCUGAGGACAAGGCUAACUCGUCUUGAGAAUUUUUCGCAGAAGCUGCCAAGGAUGAGUUUGACUUCUCAUCACAUUCCAUCACUCAUUUUUAAUGCCAACAACCAGGCACCCUCGUCAGUUGUAUGCUAAUAUUCCAGUGAGUUCUUUCUUUGAUUGCUAUGAGCUUGACAGGACAGCUUGGAGAAGAAUGGGUUUUUGGUAUGUGGGUAGCAAGGCACCAAUGGGUGCUUGUGACAUGGUUCUUGAGCUGUCACUUUAGCACCAAAAUUAUGAAUUUAGUGCUCACAUGCUAUACAAAUUGAAAAUCUGCAAUAAGCUUUCCGCUCAGCUGUGACAUAAUGUGUAGUAUCAUUUUCUAGAUUUCCCCAAAUCAUAACCAGUGCUUACAAUGGUUAAGAUACCAUUUUACCUGCUGUUGGAUACUCUAUCAAAAAAGAAAAGAAAAGAAAUUCUGUACAGUCCAACAUACCAUGCAUCUAAAUGCAUGGUGUGUGCAUCUAAAUGCAUCUAAGUAUGGGUGCUUUCAGACUAGUCUUAUAGUAUCAAAAAUUCAUGCAAAACUUUAGUGCAAAAUAAAUAUAUACUAGAACCUGACAUAAUGGUUCAGCGGAAACCCGCUAGGUGGAGAGAAGUAAUCUUUUUUAACACUAGAACCUCGUUGAUAUGUUUUUCAAGGGGACCGCGAACAAAAACUUAACACCCAGAAAAAGGUAACGGUGGGAAAGGGUGCAAAUCGCCACAGCAACAUCAGAAACAGCUCUGAAUGGCUGCCAGUACAGUUAUUAGACGUCUCGGCAUUCGUACUGUGGCCAUGGAUGCAUAAUUAAGGUACACGUACAAUGUUCCAUGACAGUGGCCCGUUUUUACUCCUGAUAUACUGCACUGCAUAACACUGCUCUAUAGCGGUGAAGCUGCAGGCCCCAAAAUAAAUGUAGCCCUGCGCUUGGCGGAUAUGGCCAAGUGUGCAUAGUUCACGGUAGGUUUUAACCGAUGCACUUUUUCGUGUCCUUUGCUAACUGCUCUGUGCACGUCUUCUCCGGAUGCUUGUGCAUCAUCGGCCGCUUGUUGCAACAUGUGAAGCAAAUUUCCCUCUGCACUGGUAAAUUUAUGUGACCUCCAAUUUCAAACUGAACGUAAGAUGUGGUAACAUUGCACAAUGACGACGUAUCAAAUGGGAACAUAGUACAUGAGAGGGAAUAAAAGGAAUUUAGGUGGGGACCACGAAAAUACGACACAGCAUCUGGGAAAACACAACAGCGAGGAACGUAACGAGUUUGCACUGUUAAAGAAUAUUGUUGGUAUGUAAUAAACAAGAGAAUUGAAAACUUGUUAUCUAGGAACACUUCAGCCUGUAUCACAUAUGCAGAGAGUAUUUUUUAUAUUCUCUGCUGUAAAUUUAUAAACUGGCUAAUACUACUUAGACCAAGAGCAUAUCGGCGAGUCUCUAGUGUAUCAAAAUUUUCUUAGAAUAUGGUUGAGAGAGAGCAUUUCCACAAGAUCGCUUCCUUCAGCAUUAAUGUUUUAUAAAGAAUUCAAUUGUGCAAUGGUUAAAGGCUGGGCACUAAGCAAACAGGCCUUUUGGGAUUGUACACACUGCAAACUUCCGAGUACGUGGACUUGUGCAUAGCUUUAAACUGCAUGUUUAACCAAAUUUUACCAAAUUAUUCACUGCCUGUUAAUGGUUCCAGCUGUUUUGUUCUUGUUUCUUUCCUUUCUCUCUAUGAAGUCUUGAUUAUUAUCCACUCUUAGCAUUAAUAAAAGUUCCAGGGCACGCAUCUUUGUGACUAGAACAGAAGUCAGUAAGUGUUUAUUCCUUGCAACUAAUGCCUGGUGACAGCAGAAGGCAGCCAAGGUAAAGGUAAUCUAGUCCUUUCGGGAUAUGGAAACUAACUCUAGAUGCCUUGCUGUUUUAACAUAGUGCAGUGCUGCUGUGUGCCUAAGCUCAAUAGGCUCACCCAGAAUGCCUGAAGGUGUGCUUGAUACCUAAACACCUUUUCUUGUCUACAGAUUGCAGAAAUGCAUCAAUUGUGUUUUCUUUUGACAGUUAACGUUUUUUUACUGCUAACCAAUUCAAAGAAAAAUUUGCUGUUGACAACUAAUACUACCACAUUGGCUUUAGUAGCUUACAGCAACAUUUUUGGAGGCCCUAACUGAAGGCCCUUGUCAGGAGAUUUUAUUCAAUUUUCUGCAUACUUUGCUCAUUUUUCCUCUAGGUUGCUUUAUUUUUUUUUCUGUCCUUAGAAGUUUUUUUUUUCCUCUAUUGUUGAUGCAUGUGAUUUUAUUGCCUUAUAAUUAUAACAUCUUUUCAUGUGCACUAAGAAAGGACACUAGUUAUAAUGUGUCGACUGUAGAUUAUUUGGUUAGCCAGUUUUAUUGGUCAAAUUUAGCAUCAUGGCAUCUGCCAGAACAUAUAAAAGAUGUUCUCUUAAUAUUUAUCACAGUACUGCACUAUCUUCAUGUCACAUGAAUUUCAGCUAAUAAGCGAGAGCACAGAAUCCUUGCAGCUAUUUGGUGAAACAUGUGGUUUGACUCUAAGGAUGUUCUUCUGUUAAUACGAAUUUCACCUUUGUGUGGUGUGCACCUUUUCUCAAAGAACACUGCCUUUACAUUUUUCAGUACUGUAACCACUUUACCAUUAUAAUUUCUUGUACAACUGACGAGGGUGUAUGCUGGUUCUAAGGGUCUCCUAAUUCCAGAGAGUUAGCCCCAACACAUGCACGCCUAAUUUUGGCUAAAGGCUGUUCAUAAAAUGGAGAGUGUCGAAGUCACCCUAGCAGUAAUUUCAUUUUGGUUAUAUACCGACACGUGUUUCGAUCAGUGUUGCCUGUCUGCCCAUAGAGGUGCAACUGCCUUUUUGUGGUGCAUGUUUCUCAUUAUUGUUUCUUAAAACAUCUGGAAAAAAAAGGUGCAGUUUAUGAACGCCCACAUUGGAGAUGGAUGCUGAGAAUAUGUUCACUGCUUAAACAUGAUUGAGCUUGAGUAAAGUUGUUCAGUCUGCAUUCAGAUUGUGCACUUCAGGCUCGCAGCCUGCUACAUCCAGUAAAGCUUCCUAACAGUUCUAGUUGCUGGUUCUGCUGGUUUUGAAUUGCUAAUAUUUAUGUUUAGUAAUUUAUGCCCUCCAUCUUUGUCUUCAUGUAUGCAACCUGGCUCAAGAUGAAUGCUUUGCAUACAGUGACCAGCUUUACCAGUAUUUCCCGCUUGAAGUUUACCUAAUUUAUUGUUUUAUAAUUCUAGAUUUUAUGUGCUUAUAGAUUGCUGCUUUGUUUUUGUCCUUAAAGCUAGUUGCACCUGCUAAAUAUGAAUAAUAACUGCAGGAUGUUAGAAAGGUAAUGAAAAAAGUGAAUAUGUGCCUGUGUAAUGAUUUUUAACUGUCAUUUACUGUUGUUCCAGUUAUGUGAUAAAUUUAAUCAUUUUUUAACCUGUUCAUUGUAGUGUGGCUCAUCAUUACUGUUGGAUCACAUGUCGAAAACUAAAGAAAACUGUUGAAUGCUUGUGUUCAGAUCUGCAUGCAUGCAUGCAUGCAUGUCUGGCAAUCUUGGUUUUAUUUUUCACACAUGGUUGUGUUCUUGUUCUAUUGUCAUACAAGAAAUUGCUUAUGAAUUUGUUGAAGAAGCAAUGAGAAUCAAAUGGCAUGGUAACAUUUUUUGGCUUUUUGAGCUUUUGCAACAAAAUUUAUGCAUAAUAACAAUUACUGUAAAUCUGUUUCUUUUCCUUGCCCAAGCUAAAUGUUUCAACCUUAUCCAAGUCAAAGGGACACUAAAGCUAAGUUAAACUGGAUCAACAAAUUAAGCUUGGUAUACCAAAACGUGAGUCUUGCUGUGAGUAGAGGCUUCGUAAGCCAGAAUAAGACUAUGGGAUUGACAGGUUGCGACAAUGCCUGAAAUCCUCAUUUCAGUAAGUUUGCGUGUACGCUUGGAACGAUUGGUCAUCUGUAAACGAUGACUGCAUCACAUUCUAAAGGAACUAAGGACACAAUCUAGCAAGUUUUGAAAAUUUAUUCUACACAGAAGCAGGCUUAUAUAAUCAGAAAAUACUUGAAAUCCUUGACAUUGGGCUUGAAAUUCAAGAAAGGUAUAACCUUCAUUUUCUUCACUAGUAGUAAUCAACUUCUUUACACAAGUAAUGCAAGCAAUGUUUUGAAACAGUACUUUGCCAGUCAAGCGGAUAUAAAUUUGUGUCAACCUUUAGUGUCCCUUUGUACAAUUCCUGGAAAUUGCCUGGUCAGUAAGCAGAUUUUUCGUAGUGGCUUUGGUGGAAUGAACAUUGAGUGCGCUUUGCAGUGGGCACAGCUACAGGCAAAACUGGGGUCAAACCCCGCAGCAACAGCAGUAGCAGGGAGGUAGAAAAAUAGUUGUACUAAGCAGAGCUCAGACAAGCUAGUCAGCACACAUUAAACGAGUCUUGUGUGAGGCUCUCGAGUCUAUAAUCUCUGCCACUUUAGAGCAUCCUUCUGUGUGAUGCUUUCAUUAGCAGCACAGGGGAGGUCCUAGCAGUGUGAUAUGGACCAUGUAUGUAAACAAACCACACGAGACAGGUGUGCAUUUUCUGUCAUGGAGACACACACAUACAAUGAAACACCUCACACAUGUGAAGCCACAAGUGUCCUUUUAGAUGUUUUAAUGUAAUUCUCCCAUUUUUCUUUUAACAUAAUGUGUAUCGGGACUGAAUGUAUGUAUGUGCAUGAUGAGAGUGUCGUCCACCUCCUGAAAAGUAGGAUGGCAUCUGAGAGAUGAUGAUGCUUGUUAAAAGAGUGUCAGAUUUGAGCUGCCAAUGAUCGUAACACUAUGUAGUCACUGUUUUCUGUGGCAUCUGCCAUGUUCAGGAAAGCUCGAGUCAUAGUUUCACACGUGCAGUAUGCAUUUCAAAUGCUGCUUAUUGUAGUUUCAUCAAUUUAAAGUGGUUUAGCCAUACAUAUAUCACUGCCGUAUCUCUUAAGUUGUCAAAUUUCGGCUAUUCCUAAUGCAAAGUACCGCAUUCUUGUGUACAUCAAGAUUGCAGCGAAAUGCUUUGGAAUCAUUUUGAAACCUUGCGUUGUACAGCAUCUUUUUGUGCACCUUGCAGCCACGAACAAAAUCACCUUUUUGCGAGGUCUCCAGUUGAGUGAUGAGCCAAUACUUAUCCAAUAGAAUGUUGUGUCGUUCAUGUCAUGGUCUCAGUGCUCUGAAACUUUUAAAGGUAUAGGAGUCUCGCAGUGCUGAUGGUUCUGCUCUGCUGCAAUGAGAGAGGAAUGUGACUUAUCUGACCUUUCAGAGCUCCGCAGUGUCUGUUUCUAGUGUUCUGGCUCUGACACGAGGCCAUUGAAGUGUGCAAUUUACAUGGCUGUAGUAUCUGAAUGUUUGGGUAGCUCAGGUGUGAUGAAAUCACAAUCCAAUCUCACUAUAUGCAGAGCAGCACACAGCACCAACACACUUAUCAGUGAGGUUAUACCUGUGGCCAGAAUAACUUCCAGUGCAGGAGCACCAAGCAAAUUUUAUCAGCACCUGUUUUAACUGAUGGCACCUUCUGCAGGUCUGCAUUUGCAGAACACAGGUUUCUGUCAUUCUUGCAAUGUCUGCAGCAUUUGGACCAAUUGCAGUGCAGCACUUUAGAGAACAACCAGGCACCAAGCUGCUCACCCUGUCAACAUACUUCAUAGUUCUGUUUAUCCUGGCAGGGUCAAGAAGUGUUUUAUCGCCAGUGAGAGUGGUGUUUUUUAAAGUUGUGCUAUUCCACUCAUUCUGCCGAUCAUGGAAAGGCAUUGAAAUGAAAACGUAUUGCCAACAGUGCUUUGGAGUUAGAGCUGCGGCUAUUACGCAGUGCACUGAUGUAGUUUGAAUGGUGCUUUUGGGCUAUGUAUUAUCUGGUCACACCUCUUUGCCUCUUAUGCCCAUUAUACACUUACGUACCUUGACUUUGACAUCUUCCUUGACUCCACUGAGUGGAGGGCAGCACUACUCAUUGAUUGAAGUAUCCACUACUCUUGUGUAGUGCUCUUUGACAAACCCUGAGCUAUAGUUUUGUAACUGGGUACUUUUGCCAUCUACUUAGACACUUAAAUAGAAGGGAAUGUCUUGAGCUACUGUUUGCUGUUGAAAGUGCCAAGGAACUGAGGAACGUUGUUUGAGCACAUAGACAAACCUCAUUCAACAGGCUAUCCUGCCUUUUUCUCAGCAGAGUCAAGGAACGGACUUGGGGUCAAGCUGCGUUUAGGAGCACAGGGAUUGAUCAUGGGACCUCCAUAGCAAAGAGCAAAGCACAAUUGCUCAGAUUGAUUUUUCUUUUUCGUAUUUUUGGUCAUUGAGCUGCUUUUGUGUUAGGAGUGUGUGAGAUGGCUUGGUGCAUUUGUUUCUGCUUGGUCUGAAUAAUAUGGCUGUGGGAACACAACCAUCUUGGAGGGCUGUGCUUCCUGCCUGCGGCUUGUCAACUGCACAGUGUUUGCAAGCAAUUCUGAAGUGUUCAUGUAUGUGUGCAUUGGUAGAAUCUACGCUGCUCUUUCUCGCAUUGUACAAAGGUGACACACUAUUCUUUUCGAGUGUCAGAAACCUGUAAAUACAUGUGUGUGUGUGUGUGUGCAUGUUCCUGUUGAGAAAUGAAGUGUUCUGGAGUGGUGGCAAUUUUUUUUUCUUCGUGACUGUACCAUGUAUGUAAAUGUUAUGCUUCGAGUUGUGUGUGAGUGGUACUAUACAUAUUAUACAUAAAGAUAUAUAUAUAUAUAUAUACAUAAAAUAUACAUAGCUUUCUGUGUGUUGCAACACAGGAAACAAGUGUGUUUGUUUGCUGAUGUACUUGUUUGAACCUUCCACUUUCGUUUCUAUUUCCUUUGUUCACUGUUAUUUGCAAAUUAUGAGAAAGGAAAAAGUUUUUCGAGGAUGAUAAUAGGGAGAUGUUUCUAAUAAAACACUUCAACAAAAUA